AUGAAAAUUCAAGCCUUUAUCUUGCCCUUUACCGCCUUUGCUUGGCAAAUUGGAGAUCAGUUCGGAUCGCCAUACGACGGCGACAUCGAUCUCGGCCGCCCGCCCAAAUGCGAAGAAAUCAAGGUCCCAAUGUGCCAGGGAAUUGGAUAUAAUUACACCUCAAUGGAAAUCUCCCCGUUUCAUCUUCAAACUCAAAUGGAAGUCAUCGCAGAAGCGCAUCAAUUCUACGUCCUCGUCCAAAAAGGCUGCUCCGCCGAUCUCCGACCAUUCCUCUGCGGCCUGUACACUCCAGUCUGCAUGCCGGACUACCACAAGUUCCUCCCGCCCUGUCGAUUUCUGUGCGAACGCGCUCGCGCUGGCUGCGAGCCCAUAAUGAAUGAGCACGGAUUUGAGUGGCCGGAAAAGAUGAACUGCGAGCUUCUCCCUGAAGAUCAGUUGUGCAACGAUUUCGGAAGGAAGCAAGAAAGAGUCGAGCUCCCAGAUCUCAUCCCUUCUUCAAACACCCGGCAUUCUUCUUGCCGAAACUGCCAAUGCUCGCGCCACCUGAUCGACCUGACCAAAUCCUCAUCCCCAAGCUUCGAGGCUGAUCUACGCGCCUGGUCGACUGGUGGAGUCAGUGGCUGCGCACGAACCUGCCGCUCUCCCUUUCUUUCCUACGACAAGAGGAGAUUCCUCGAUUCGUGGGUUCUUUCUGGAGCAGUUAUCGUCGCCCUUGCAACGAUCGUCGUCCUUGGCACUUUCUGCCUCGACCCCCAACGCUUCUCGUAUCCGGAAAGGCCGAUCUUGUACUUGAGCUUGUGCUACCUUUUCAUCGCCGCUGGAUACAUUUUGCGAUAUUCGAUCGGAGGAGAUGUUGUCGCCUGCGACGCUGUUCAUCCUGAACGUCUUGCAUUACCCGGACGAGGAACUGCUUAUUGCAAUCUUGUUUUUGUUUUGAUUUACUACUUUGGCAUGGCUUCCUCUAUCUGGUGGGUGAUGCUCACUUUCGCCUGGUUCCUUGCCGCCGGCAUGAAAUGGUCUUGCGAAGCAAUCAGCAACUACAGCUCCUACAUGCAUGUGCUCGCCUGGACCAUUCCCGCUCUUCAGACGGUUCUCAUCAUGGUGACCAACCAAGUCGACGGAGAUCCCUUCCUCGGCAUCUGCUCGGUUGGGAACAACAACAUCGAGCAAAUGCACACUUUCAUCCUGGCCCCGUUAGUUGUAUACUUAUCUGCCGGGGGCCUCUUUUUGAUCGUCGGUUUCUUCUCUUUGUUCCGAAUCAGGAAUACCAUGAAAAAGAAGCACGAUAGGGAGACCAAGAAGCUUGAGAAACUCAUCGUCAAGAUCGCGAUUUUCUCCGUUCUUUACAUGAUUCCCGCUUCGAUCCAAGUCUUCUGCUAUUUCUACGAGUCGGAGUUCCGAGACGCCUGGGAAAAAGAUCUCAACUGUCAAGGCUGCGGUUCUCGAUUCGACGAAAACAGCUACUUGAUCAUCUUCCUCAAGCCAGCGAUGAGCUUUCUCGUCGGCAUCGCCGCCGCCACUUGGAUUUGCUGCGACAAAACACUGCGAACAUGGAGGAGAAUGUGCUGCCGCCAGUCGCCAGCGGCUCUUUCCACGACGACGACGAGCACUUUGUCGGAUUCAAGCUACAGCCAGCCGCUGAAUCGACACUACGAAUUCGAAUACACUGACUAUUACGCACCAGCGACCUCUGCUAGACAGCCCUUUCUAAGCUAA